UUGUCUGUUGCGAGUACGAGAGUAGCUAGGCGAUAAGGCAAACCACUGCCAAACAACUCUCCGGAUUCGAUCCGUCUCUGCCUUUGCCCAAUCGGCCUCAGUCUAAGUAUUUAUCCUCUCCCAGCCAGUCUCUAAAUAAGCUAAAGCUUCUCUGAAUACUAAAGUCAUAAAGCGGCUUCUGGGUUGAUGGUUACGUCAAUUCAAUUCCAGUUCGAGUUCUCGUGCAGUCCCUUUUGCAUGCUGAGUGGCCCACCGCUGAGCGAUGAGCCCGAGCCCAUCUGGGCGGCUGGGCCUGUUCUGGCUGUUGGCACUGGCGCUCCUCGCCGUCGUCGGCAGUCGCGAGUCCCAGCUGCGCAUUGGCAAAGCCAUCAAUAUAUUUCUACGCUAUGGCUACCUGGGCAUAUCGAUGCGGGUGAUUCCCAUGAACGACAACGUCGAGUCGGAGCGAUGGAUAUUCAAGGAGCCGACUAAAAAUAUAUACAGGAACUUGAGCAGCCUGGCGGAGAGUCAUGAGGACACCACGCCCGGCAUCUUUCAUGGGGAUUUCCAUAUGGAGUUUUGCGACAAUCGUCGCCAGCUGUUCCAGGCAUACUUCCGUGACUUCACCGUCGAGCGAAUGGACAAGCCCUGGGAGGCCUUCACGGGUGGCUGGUUUCCGGACACUGCGGCCAAGAAACUGGGCAUCAACACCUCCUUCAUCCAGGGCGACUAUUCGUAUGUGCUGGUUCGAGUGGUCCGAUUCCGGGAGACGGGCAAGCUAAAUGCCGACAUCCCGAUUGAGCAGCAGCUGGAGCCGGAAGUCCGGGCGCGCAUGGAACAGCUAAAGAUCGGAAAUCUCACGUCGGCGGUGGGCUUCAUAGAGAGCGUCGGCACACACUACGUCAGCUCGUAUACCACGGGCAAUUCGCUGUUCCAGGUCUUUGUAUACAGUCGCAAGAACUUCAAAAUGAUCAAGGAGCGCAUCAGGAGCAAGGGCCUGAACGCCCUGUCCAAGCUCGAUCUAUACAAUUACUUUGCGCCGUGGUUUGCCGAGCAUCUGGGCCAGAUCCGUUCGGCCAGUGCCAAUGCCACCGUGGAGCGUUGGGCGCGCCGGAAGCUCCAAUACGAAUACUAUGUGGUCAAGUAUGUGACCCUGCUGAAGCUGCACGGUAACAGCACGUUGCUGCGAUCCCUGGACACGCUGCUGGGCAACGAUGCUAUCCUACAGCUCGACCUCAAGUCCCUCAAUGUGGUCUUUAGGGAGCAUCCGGAGAAGGAGAGCUGGUUCCACGAAGUGCUCGACAACAACAUGAAACUUUGGGAAUUAAACAUGCCGCAGAAUCAUGCUAGCCGGUAAUGGAUCCUUCGCUGGAUGAUUGGAUUGGGGAUUGGGAUUGGGGCUACAGCUUAAAAGUUCCUAGAUGCGAGCUAUCAUAAUGUAUGCGUAGUUGUAGUUAGGAUUCUCAUUCUCUAGCGCGUAAUUACUGUUCUGCCUGUGAUAGUUUUUAGGUAGUUUAAUUAAUCAAAAGAACAAUUGAUUUGCAUUUUAGUAAACUAGUUUACACGAUCGCAAUACUGCUAUCAUAGAUUUCCUAUAAUAAUAAUAGUAAUAAUAACAAUAAUAAUAAUAUUGAUCAAAGUCAAAAUUCAUAUACAUAUGUAGUUUCAUGACUUUAAUAAAAAUUCGAAAUCAAAUU